AUGUCCAGCAAAGCAUCUCCCACCACCGCCAACCACGGAUCCCUCUCUGCUGACGAGGACUUCCUUCCUCAACAGCAUCCCAAACUCGCACAGCUCAUCUCGGACACAGACGACCACACCGGCACCUCUGCCGUCACCACGCCAACCUCCGAGAUCAUGCCUUCCUCCGAAAUUCCCUCGACACCGCUCAACGGGCGCAGCACGCCGGAUUCCGAAAGUGAGCCCACCGUCGCUACGUCUACGGUGACCACGACGAUCUCCAACUCGCGCGGCACGGGCUCGCAAACCGUCGAGUUCCAGCACAUCGGCGUCAAAGGCCUCUCGCAUCGUGUCGGCAAGGACGGCGCGAUCUACCUCAAGCCUGUCGCCGCCUCGUCGCGCGCAGGCAAGAAGAUGCGCGCCGUCGUCAGCUUCAAGCCCCGCCGCAGCCACUUUGAUCGCUUCAACGAGAUCUCAUCGCGCGACCAGUUCCGCGGCUUUUUCACGCUCUUCUGGGUCUGCCUCGCCCUCUUUGUGCUCAACACGUUCUACACGAGCUUUGCCAGUACGGGUAAAGUGCUGAGCCUGACGUUUGCGACGCUGUUUAGCAAAGAUGCAUGGAUGCUGGCCCUCUCGGACGGCGUGCUGAUCGCGUCGCUGUUCAUCUGCGUGCCUUUCGCCAACGUUUGUCGCAGGGGCUGGGUGCGGUACUGGCCGACAGCGGUGGUGUUCCAGCACCUGUGGCAGGCGGCGCUAUUGGGCGCUGUGAUCAAGUGGGCGAGGUAUCGCGAGUGGCCGUGGGUGCAGAGCGGCUUUUUUGUGCUGCACACGCUCUCGAUGCUUAUGAAGAUUCACUCGUACAUGAACGUCAACGGCAACAUGGCGGAUACCUACCAUCGUAUGCGUAGGGUCGAAGCUAUGCUCGAGGAACGAGUUGCUGAAGUCGAGGGUGGCGAAGCCGGGAGGGGCGAGGAACAGCUUCGUGCCGCGUGGGGGAAAGCCGUGCGACAGGCGAGGCAGAAUGGCGGGUUCGGCGACCGGGAUGCGACCAAAGGCACGGCGCAAGUGGUGGAGCAGUGGGCGUCGCUCGACACGCAGAGGGGUAGCGAUGCCAAGCGAGUGCGUUCCGGUCAGCUGUUCAACGCGGCCAGCAGUGUAAAGUCUGCAGACGCGCAGCUGGUAGUGGAGGAUCAGAACCGUCACCAGCCGUCAGCGGACGAGACAAUUGCAGGCGAGAAGAAGCUCAGCAAGGAAGAACACAAGCAGCUGCACAAGGCUAUGUCGGAAAAGGAGAAAGCCGAGCGCGAUGCCAACAGCGGCAACAGCAACACACAACUCGGUCGCAAGACCUCGAUGUCUCGCAGUGGUACCGAGCACACGAUCCGCGAUCCACACCCGCUCUCGUCGCACCCGGAUACGCUCGUCUCGGACCUGGCGCGUGAGAUUGAAGUGCUUCGCGAAGACUUGCUCUCAGCACGACCCUCGGACCCUUCGCCGGACCUGAUCCACCAAGACGCCGUCAUGUGGCCGGCCAACAUCGGGUACGCUAACUUCUGGGACUACCUGCUGGUGCCCACGCUCGUCUACGAGCUGUCCUAUCCGCGCACCCAGACCAUCCGCCCACUGUACGUGCUCGAAAAGACGCUGGCUACGUUCGGCACGUUCCUGGUGAUCUACGUGGUUACCGAGCACUGGAUCAUGCCGUUCACGCCGACGGCGGAUACACCCUUGCUGCGCACGUUCCUCCAGCUGGCGGUGCCGAUGAUGAUCAACUACCUGCUCAUCUUCUACAUCAUGUUCGAGUGCAUCUGCAACGCCUUUGCCGAGCUGACGCGCUUUGCCGACCGCGAGUUCUACCUGGACUGGUGGAACGCCACGAGCAUGGACGUCUUCAGCCGCAAGUGGAACAAGCCCGUGCACUCGUUUCUGCUGCGCCACGUGUAUGCCAGCACCAUCGCCGCAUGGGGCCUCAGCCGCAACAUGGCCAUGUUUCUGACGUUCCUGCUCAGCUCGUUGGUGCACGAGCUGGUCAUGGCGAUCGUGAGCGGCAAGAUCCGCUUCUACCUGUUUGCCGCCCAGAUGGUGCAGUUGCCGCUGAUCGUGCUGAGCCAGGUACCCUUCAUCCGGCGCAACGAGACGCUGGGGAACAUGAUCUUCUGGAUCGGCCUCAUGGCAGGUUUCCCACUGCUCAAUAUUGGUUAUCUUGUUUACUAG